CUUGAGGAUAAAGACAAUAGAACAAACGAGCUACUUUUGGAUGCCCUUAUUGGAAACGCUUGCGGAGAUAACGAAGCUCUAGACGUACGAAUGACUUAUCAGGAAGUCCUUGACGAUGUGGAUAUAAAGCUAGCACAGAUAAAAGACUUAUAUACUCUAUAUAUAGUCGCUGACUUAUACCUACUCCGGCAAUAUACCCAACAGCUCCUGAAACCAGGGCAGUAUCGACUAGGGAGAAUCGAUGCAUCACUCUUAGUAGCUUCCAGUAAUCACCGCUUUAACGAUGGAAAGAUACUAGCUCGGCGAAUUAGGGGGUUAUUUAAUUACUAUCGACAGUGGCAUGGCAUUCUACUGGAGGCUAGGGGUAGUAAAAGGGAUGGUAUCUCCUAUCUGGAUAAUGAGAACAUCUUUUUAGCUUGCCGUACUUGGUUGAUUAAUCAAGAGCUUGGAACAAUAUUACCAAACGAUUUCCUGAAUGCCGUUAAUCAGGAGAUUUUACCUCGAUUAUUAUCGAUAAUCGAAAGGCCAAUCGCUCGUAGUACAGCUUACUUAUGGCUUCCUAGGCUCGGCUUUUAUCGCCAUGAGACUAAGAAAGGGCUUUAUGUAGAUGGAUACGAACGAUCUGAUGUGAUUCAGUAUCGUCAAGAGGUGUUUUUACCAUUAAUAAACGAGCUUUUAUCGUAUACAGUCCAGUACGAGGAGGAUAAAGCUGGUAUAUGGCAUACGAUUCAACCUUCACUCCCAAUUGGAGUUCAGGUAUAUGUAAUGUACUUCUACGAUAAGAGCUGUUUCUAUGGUUUUGACUAUAAAAAGAGCCUCUGGCUAGCAGAUAGUCAGCAAAAAAUGCCAGGAAAGAGCAAAGGGAGGCUAAUUCACGAUUCUGAAUUUAUAGGGCCUGAGGGGCAUAUUAGGGUACCGAAUAAUAAAGGCAUUUUUAUUCCGGACGACCCCGAUUUGGAUGCCCGUCAAAUUAUAUAUCCAGGCUCAAAUGGAGAUCCCUGGUGGGAUACAAAACAGCUACUAGUACAGGUUGCUAGGACGCUUGAUAUAUUUGAACAGAAGUACCCAAAUUACAUAGCUGUUCUAAUAUUUGAUCAGUCUUCUGUAUACGCUUCGCAUGGCGAAGGUAUACUGAACGCCUUUGGUAUAAACAAGAUACCAGGAGGGAUUGAAAAGGGUAAUAUCAAGCCCUAUAGGAGGGAUACGUAUUUCCCACCGGAGUAUACGAUUCCGGGGUUACAGGGUACUAUACAAGUUCUUUGGCAACUUAAUCCGAAUAGAGAAAGAGAGCCUAAGGGCGUGGAACAGAUUCUUAUUGAGCGAGGGUACAAUAUCCCUGGCUUAAGAUUUAAGUAUCCAAAGGGUACUAAGUAUACUAUACCCCUUGAAUACCCUCCCGCUAUCGAACAAACGUACUGUUUAGCUCGUAUACUCUCGAAUUACAAAGACUUCUUUGAGGAGAAGAGUCAAAUUGAAGAGCUUAUUACAGAGCGGGGACAUAAGGCUGUAUUUCUACCGAAGUUCCACUGCGAAAUCAAUCCAAUUGAGAUGUACUGGGGGUAUAGCAAAACUCGAUUUCGUCAAGUAAAGAAGGUUAGCUUCCUAGAUGCUAAGGUUAAGGUAGUAGAGGCACUUGAAGCUUGUUCGAUUGAGACUAUACGGAGGUUUUGCAACCGUACGUUCCGCUGGAUGGAUGUAUAUCGGAAGGGAUUAAGUAUUAAACAAGCUGCUUGGUGCGUAAAGAAGCAAAAACGCCAUAGAACGAUAUCUAAAAAGGUAAUAGACGAAUGGGAUAAUAUGCAAAAGGAAGGGAAAGAAGGUAGCUAA